UGUUAACUUAGCCACUGUGCUAAAUAAAAACUUUGGAUUGUUUUGGUUAUUUUCAAUGAGUUUGUGUAUAUGCUCUGCCCUAGCAGUUUUAGAGCCUGUCUAUAGCUGGACAUACUGUUUUUCCAUGCAAUUCUAAAAACUUCUAAGUUAGUUUUUCUCCAUUUGCGUUCAAGACUACGAGUUUCUUUCUUGAGAGAGUGAGUAUUACUGUUAUACCAUGGCACAGUACAUUUUUCUUUAACCUUUUUCAAUUUGAUGGGGGCAACAGCUUCUAAUGUAUUAGAGAAAAUAGUGCCCAUGUUGUCAGUAAUUUCUUCUAAUUCAUGUGUAUUUUUGGGUACAAAUCGCAGUUGAGAUAGAUCAGGCAGGUUAUUUGUGAAUCUUUCUUUGGUGGCUGGAACAAUAGUUCUGCCCAGACGGUAUCGCUGAGACAUAUAGUUAAUAUCAGUGAUACGCAGCAUGCACGAUACAAGGAAAUGGUCUGUAAUAUCAUCACUUUGAGGUACAAUAUCUAUAGCAGUAAGAUCGAUUCCAUGCGAUAUAAUUAAAUCUAAUGUAUGAUUAAAAUGAUGAGUGGGCCCGGUGACAUUUUGCUUGACUACAAAAGAGUUUAUUAGGUCAGUAAACGCAAGUCCUAAUGUAUCAUUUGCAUUAUCAAUGUGAAUAUUAAAAUCUCCCAUGAUUAGCGCCUUAUCAACUGUAACUAGAAGCUCUGAAAGGAAAUCUGCAAAUUCUUUUAGGAAUUCUGUAUACGGCCCUGGUGGUCUAUACACAGUAGCCAGAGCAAGAGAUACAUUAGAUUUCUUUUGCAUGUCUGACAGUGUAACAUUUAGCAGAAGUAUUUCAAAUGAGUUAAACCUUUAUCCUGUUUUCUUGGUAACAUUGAGAAUAUCACUUUAUAUUGUUGCAACACCUCCGCCACGACCAGUCUGACGGGGCUCAUGCUUAUAACAGUAGUUUGGUGGAGUAGACUCAUUUAGACCAAAAUAUACUUCUUAUGUACUGGUUAUUUUGCGUAAAUGUUACCUUUACACUCCAAAACAGAACUGUAUCGCUAUAUUGAAGGGUAAUAGGAAAACCAAAGAAACCAAAAAGUUUACUUAUUUUUUCAUUUGAAAUUAAACAUUCAUUUAACUUAAAUUACAUGAAUCCAGCAAGCAUUGCAUGUUUAAAUUUUAUUUUAUUUUAUUUUUAUACAGGUUUGCUUGUGGUAUCAAUCUUGGCCACUAGCUAGCAGUGAACUUUUUCAAACAUUUUUCAUUUUUCACUUUUUUUUUCAUUGUCAUCUUCUAAAACAAACUGAUAUGAAGUACAUAUGCAGGUUUUCUGUUUGUAUCUUGUUUCUCUUGGCAACCUGUAAACUCCAACGCUGAGUCCCAAUACACCUACUUAUACUACGACCUAAAAGUAUGUACUGUUUUUGUGAGGAAAUUGUGCAAGAGUGUGCAUUGAUCUGCACUUCGAAUUCUAACCGGAAAUAGUAGACCAUCCGGGUAUCUGUGAAAUACUCUUUUCAACAUACUACGAUUUGGGACGUACUAAUUCCAGUUUCGCAUACUAUUUAGGACGCAUAGUAUGCGAAUAGUAACUCUCAAGGUCGUUUUAAGAUCAAAUCUUUAAAAUUCACUGCAAGUCAAAGAAGAAGAAAAUAUAUUUCUGUUAGUUUCAAUAAAGGCGAUUCAUUUAAGUUUUCAUGGGUUUCUGCUAGUUAGUGGUUUUAGUAUUGAUCUGAAUACUUGUGUUCUUAAGUGUUCAUUGUCAAAUGUGUUUUCUAACAUAUCACCAUAGGAACUCAACAUAUCCCAGCUGCAAGAUGUCCCAUCACCCCCCUAAAAUACAGCAAUAAAUCUGUGUUGGCCAAAAACAGCUAUAGGUUGCCCAUGUUUUAUUGGGGCUGUUUUACUGAUUCCCAGUUAGACAGUUUUUCUAAUGAUCUUACUGUCUGUCUGUGAACACACAUUGAGUCACAGAGUAACGAUAUCUGGAGCUGGUUAUGCCGGCGCCGCCCUGCAGGACAACUGGAGUGUGUCAGACUUUGGCAUUACCACAGGAAGCACCAUUCGCUGUCAGGUGAAGGAAGUCAGCAAGGCCAUUCUAUUUUUGUUCAGUGCCAUAACAAAGGAGACUCUCCCCAUAAUGGGACCGGUAACCUUACUGAGAUCCUUCGUGUCCAAACUGAAGUCACUGGUGUCCCUGCAGCUCGGUAUUCCUGUCAGUUCCUUCAGACUCUCCACUGGGAGCCGCCUUCAUCUCUAUGACUGUAACCUGCUCAGUGACUAUGCUGUGCAAGCUGUUCUUGAUGCUCUGCGAUGCAGGUUUCAGAAGCGUGUUGCUCUCUAUGUGGCGGCAGCACAUGGACACCUGGACAUGGCCAACUUGCUGAUCAAUGGUGGGGUCAAAGCAGAAGAUCCUGUCGGCUUCCAUCCCUACUGCACAUGGUGCUACCUGAUGGAUCAUCCGGACUCUUUGAAGUGUCCCACGCAUGCAGCAGUCGAGGCUGAGCAACUCCUGGUUUUAAAAUUGUUUGUUAGUAGAAGCAUUGCAAGUCUGGCCUGCUGCGAUCCCAGUGGCAGGAAUCUGCUGCAAAUCGCAAUUCGGCAUAGAUGCAGAGAGUGUGUUACCUAUUUAGCUUCAAAACUUUACAUUACUGUCAACUUUCCUGGGUACUCUCUACCAAUGUACAUCUACCUUCAAAUCAAGACAUGGAUACUCAGGGCUCAAGCAAGAAAACGCCAAUUGUUGGUAAGAAAGCUUGGUGAUCUGGUGCAUGUUGAUGGCUUUCCCAUGCAGAACAAGUCCUCGAAUCUCAGAGGCCGAGCAUUGAGAAGAUAUAUAGAGGUCAAAGAAUCAUCCUGCAACUUCCCAGUGACAUCAUCCUUUGUGGGUCCUUCCUGUGUUUGUCAUCACUCUGCUGCUCCAACUUCCCAGAGUGCAUCGGUAGUGCUGCCACAGCUGCAUCCUCCCCAAACCAUGAAGAGCGCAAUACAACAGCAGAACAUCACUAGAAACAGGGCAUGUGGGAAGAAGAACCCAAAGGAAAUCCUGCCAGCUGAAAAUAGCAAUGGGAGCAUUGGGGCCUGGCACAGUAAAGUUCCCCAUCCCUGUUCUUUUCCAGACAUCAGGCACAGACACUUCCUCAUCAGUAGGUCCUUGACAUCUGACAAGAUACUUGACAUCCCUCAGGAAAACUUUAAACUCCUUAAUGGACGAACUCUUCGGGAGAAUGCCAUUUACUGCUUGGCCAUUGCCAGUUCUUUCACUGAGAAGCUGUCGCUGCAGCAGCUAGCGCUAGCACAGACACUAGCCAGACGCAGCAUCCAAAGCACUCUGAGAGAUGACCUGGAAACCUGCUGACAACCCUUGCACAACAGAUUACACAAUGAAGUCAGAAGCGACUUGUCCAGAGUGUCAAAACAUGUUGUCCAGAUUCUGUCUCUGUGAAGUCUAGUUGUCAAGAAUUGCUAAAAAAAAUUAAAUUAAAAAAAAUCACAAAUCACAAAAAGUCAAGACAACAUACCAGUCAUUGUACAGACAUGACAUGAAACACUUGUUCACCACUAAUGUACUGCAUGGUAAAAUAAGAAAACUUAGAGAUUUAGUAACCAUUGUAUAAUUAAAUUAUAUUUUUAAUUAUAUUAUUACAUGAUUUCUUGUUUGACUAUUGAUCAAGUUAUAGCAAGAGUGAAAUGUGUAACCUUAUGUGUGCUGUAUUUCUUUUCCUCAAGAGUAAUGUCCACAUAUUAUGUGUGUGUAUCCAACCGUAAUGAUAAGACACUCGCCAGUGCUAGAAAGCCUUGAAUUUUAGAUAAGUUCUCUAUGUAUUUGUGUUAGUAUCUUUCUGUACAGGGAGAAGCUCAGACAGUCCCAGGACAAAAACGAUCAACUGCCAGUGUCCAGCGUAUCAGAUAUACGUCUUUGGAGAGUUUAUCUAGGUUUUGGAACCAAUCAGAAUUUUGUUGACUUAUGUAUUGACGCAAUUAGUAUCCUCUGUCAGGGUAUAACUGUGGUUGAUUAUGAGUUGUACGGGGGCGGCCUGCGAACUCCUUCGAGAGUGUUGAAGCUGACUUCUGCUGAUGAAAUUGCAAACUAUUUUCUUCAAGUAAAAUUAUUAUUAUUAAUUGAACUCAUCUCUGACUCCUGGUCUUCAUUGCGACAUAUCUGGUCCUUGGGUUUUAACUGUAAAUUCCCCUACAGUUAAUGGUGGAGGAUCGGCGGGCAAUAGUUUUUUGGUGACAUCCCUGAUCAAUCAUCAAACCAAGGUAGGAAAGAUUUUAGAUUUAAUAUUAUUGGUUAGGGACUGUCUGUAAGUGGAGGGGGUCGAGAGAAGGAGGAACGAUAGACUCACUCAGACGUGAGGGGGUAGACACCAGCUCCAGGGUGGAGUAGGUAAAUUGGUGUCACAAUAUACCUGUAAAUAAGUAAACUUGUGAGUAUAAGGGGUGCAAGUACAUAUCGGUAGGUCUUGAUAUAAGAUAUUUAGAGAUGUGUACAGUUACAGAGGGAACAUGUGCACACCUAUGGGUCUUAGAGAGAGACGUAAAAAUUUGUUUCUAGGUGUGCACAGUCCAGGGGGGGACAAAAACGCAUUCUUAACAGGCAUGUGAACCCGUAAAGGGGAGUGCUGGGUCAAAGCACAGAGAGCCGAAAAGCACGAGAGGCCAUAAAGGGCAGUGCAUUUACGGCCGGGUAAGCCAAAGUAGGGGUAUGGGAAAUCCCGAGAAGAAUUUAAGACGCUAGAUGGGGGUUCUAGUCGUAUCUCGCUCUUCCAACUCUCGAUCACCCACCAUUACAGACGGGGGCGCCCCGAGCUUAGAAAUAGGCCAGGUCAGUGGUUAGGGAAAAGAGUAUCCAAAAUUAGUGUUUAAAAAUAAAUAGUGAUAAUUCAUAUGUGCACCUAUAAAAAUAUAGGGAUAUAUGCAAAGGGAAAGUAUUGAUUGAUCUGGGAUGCCUCAGGAACAACCCCAAAAGAGCUAAAAUGUAGUUUUCAUGACCCUGAUUGGAUUGGACCAGUAUAUGGAAAUUCUGGAAUAUACUUUGCAAUUUCAUCACGCAGAAGUCAAGUGCUGUUGGUAAGAUCGCCGCCUCAAUAUGUUUUUG